AUGGUGUUGCUUCCAAAAGCAAGGCAUGAUUGGAUGCAUCUAAGAUUCUUAGACUAUAAGUCGGUGGAUGAUUACAAUUCAGCUCUAUUCAAGAUUGUCUCAAUACUAAAGUUGUGUGGUGAAGAGAGUAACGGAGUUAGACCGGCCGGGACAGCACCACCACCCGAAGCCCAUGAGGUUGAGAAGAAGGAUCCCAAUGAGACAUACUUUGUCCAAGACAACAAGAAACCAUACGGCAAUAGCCGUGGUGGGUUCAAGAGGCGUGGACGUGAUAACUCAAACGGCCGAGAUGGCUACUCAACUGGCCGGAAAGGAAACCACAAUAACCGUGGUCGUGGUUCCAAUUACGGCCGGGGUCGAGGCAGCUACGGCCGCGGACGAGGUGGAUAUCCAAACCAUCUUACACGUCCAACAAGUCUCUAUGCCAUAGAUGCGGGAGUGACAACCAUUGGGCAAAGAAUUGUAGAACUCCGAAACACUUGUGCGACCUCUACCAAGAGAGCAUCAAGAACAAGAAUCCGGAGGCAAAUAUGA